AUGGCGGAAGGUUCUGGAAGGAAGCUCAUCGUUGAGGUUUGCAGCGCCAAGAACUUGAUGCCGAAGGACGGUCAAGGAACCGCGAGUGCUUAUGCGAUUGUGGAUUUCGAUGGCCAGAGACGGCGAACCAAGACCAAGUCCAGAGAUCUCAAUCCUCAAUGGGAUGAGAGGCUCGAGUUCAUGGUCCACGACAAAGAUUCCAUGGCUUCGGAAACCCUAGAGGUCAAUCUCUACAACGAUAAGAAGACUGGGAAGCGAAGCACCUUUCUUGGUAAAGUGAAAGUAUCAGGAAGCACGUUUGUGAAGUGCGGUUCCGAAGCGAUUGUGUACUAUCCGUUGGAGAAAAGGAGCGUGUUCUCUCAGAUCAAAGGAGAGCUUGGACUCAAAGUUUGUUACGUAGAUGAAGAUCCACCGGCCACCGAGGCCGCCGGUGAGCAGAAGACAGAGGCGCCGCCGCCGCCGGCAGAGGAGAAGCCACCGGAGAAUUCAAAGGACGGAGAGAAGAAGGAAGAUAAAGUAGAAGAGAAGAAAGAAGAGGAAAAGAAGGAUGAUGAGAAUAAACCUAAAGAAGAAUCGAAAGAAUCGAAAGAAGAAGAGAAGUCAUCCACUGAUAAUGCAAAACCAAAGGAGGAGGCUCCGGCUGAGGCUGCGGUGGCGCCGCCAGGUCCACCGGCGGAGGUAGAGAAUCCUCCAAUUGCUCAGACGGAGAAGCCAAAACAGCUGAAGGCAAAGCAUGGCGAGAUACAAAAGCGUGCUGAUUUCAACGUAAGCGACAGCGAACUCAGAUCUCUGAGUAGCGAUCGAAGUCGCAGUGCUUAUGAUCUCGUGGAUCGCAUGGCGUUUCUCUAUGUUCGCGUUGUGAAGGCCAAGCGAGCAAAAUCAGAACCAGGUUCAACGGCUUUCUCAAAGCUAGUGAUCGGAACUCACAGUGUUAAGACGAAAAGCGAAAGCGAAAAUAAAGAUUGGGAUCAGGUUUUUGCCUUUGACAAAGAAGGUCUCAAUUCGACGUCGUUGGAGGUUUCAGUAUGGUCAGAGGAUAAGAAAGAAGGAGAACAGAGCACUGAAACUUCCCUCGGUACGGUGUCGUUUGAUUUGCAGGAGGUACCUAAGAGAGUUCCACCAGAUAGUUCUCUUGCUCCACAGUGGUACACUUUAGAAUCUGAUAGCUCGCCGGGAAAUGACGUCAUGCUCGCCGUGUGGAUCGGAACUCAGGCUGACGAAGCGUUUCAGGAGGCUUGGCAGUCAGAUUCCGGGGGGUUGAUACCGGAGACAAGAGCCAAGGUGUAUCUCUCUCCGAAGCUUUGGUAUCUGAGGCUAACGGUCAUCCAAACCCAGGACUUGCAACUAGGUUCGGUAUCCGAGCCUAAGGUAAGGAAUCCUGAGCUUUAUGUUAAGGCUCAGCUCGGCGCGCAAGUUUUCAAGACAGGAAGAGCCUCAGUAGGCUCGGCUAACCCAACAUGGAACGAGGACCUCAUAUUCGUAGCAGCUGAGCCGUUUGAGCCGUUUCUAGUAGUAACAGUGGAGGACGUGUCAAAUUAUAAAUCCGUGGGCCACGCUAAAAUCCACGUGGCGUCCAUCGAGAGGAGAACAGACGAUCGAACGGAUCUAAAGUCAAGAUGGUUCAACCUAUCCGGUGAAGACGAGAACCAUUCAUACACAGGUAGAAUCCACGUUCGAGUUUGCUUGGAAGGUGGGUAUCACGUGAUAGACGAAGCCGCUCACGUGACAAGUGACGUCAGAGCUGCGGCCAAACAACUCACCAAGCCUCCAAUCGGUUUACUCGAGGUUGGGAUUCGGAGUGCCACCAACCUUCUUCCCGUGAAGACCAAGGAUGGGACACGUGGCACCACCGAUGCCUACGUGGUUGCCAAAUACGGACCCAAAUGGAUCCGAACCCGAACCAUCGUGGACCGGUUCAACCCGAGAUGGAACGAACAGUACACGUGGGAUGUAUACGACCCUUGCACGGUGCUCACCAUUGGCGUUUUCGAUAACGGAAGAUACAAGCGCGGGGAAGAAGGAAAACCCUACAACAGAGACGUUAGAAUGGGGAAAAUUCGUGUGCGGUUGUCCACACUGGACACCAACCGGGUGUACGUAAAUUCGUACUCCUUAACUGUCUUGCUGCCAUGUGGCGCCAGGAAAAUGGGGGAGAUAGAGAUUGCAGUGAGAUUUUCAUGCUCCUCGUGGUUGAGUCUAAUGCAGGCCUAUGCAAGCCCAAUUCUACCAAGAAUGCACUGCGUUCGUCCAUUCGGCCCGGCCCAACAAGAUAUUUUACGUCAAACGGCUAUGAGGAUAGUGACGGCUCGGCUCGCAAGGUCUGAACCGCCUUUGGGUCAGGAAGUGGUUCAGUUCAUGCUGGACUCUGACACGCACGUGUGGAGCAUGCGGCGGAGCAAGGCGAACUGGUUCAGGGUGGUGGGGUGUUUGUCACGUGCGACGACGCUAUUGCGUUGGAUGGAUGGGAUUCGCACGUGGGCGCACCCUCCCACGACGAUUUUGAUGCACGUGUUUCUCGUGGCGAUUGUGCUGUGUCCAUAUCUUGUGCUCCCAACGGUGUUCAUGUACGUGUUCUUGAUUUUACUGUUGAGAUUCCGUUACCGACAGAGGGUCCCACAAAACAUGGAUCCGAGGAUGUCUUACGUGGACAUGGUGAGCCUCGACGAGCUGGACGAGGAGUUCGAUGGGUUUCCGACAACACGGUCGGCGGAGCAGGUCCGGAUUAGGUAUGAUAGGGUGCGCGCGCUUGCGGGGAGGGCGCAGACCCUGCUUGGUGACGUGGCAGCGCAGGGAGAGCGCUUGGAAGCACUGUUUAGUUGGCGGGACCCACGGGCUACUGGGAUAUUUGCGAUGCUGUCUUUGGUGGCGUCGUUGGUAUUCUAUGCUGUGCCGUUUAAGGGAUUUGUGUUGGGGGCUGGGUUCUAUUACCUGCGCCACCCGAGAUUCAGGAACGACAUGCCGUCCAUUCCGGCAAACUUUUUCCGGCGACUUCCGUCGUUUUCUGAUCAGAUUAUGUGA